UAAGUCAAUUGAAAAGUAGCACUGUAAAGUAUUUUCUAUCCUUUGAGAAUUGCAUUGAAGUAUUAUAAAGUAACGGCUGUAUUAAGAAAUUUAAACAAUGAAAAAAUGGUGAGGCAUAAUAAUCAGUUACCAGAAAAUCUUCCACAAUUACAAAAUCUAAUCAAACGUGAUUCAGAAUCCUAUAAAGAAGAAUUUCUUCAGCAAUAUCAGCACUACAAAUCUGUUUUGGAAGUAUUUCGUUUAACACCAAAUAAAUUCAAUAAAAGUCUUGAUGAAGUAGUUAUCUUUCUAGCACAGGUGGCCCAUUGUUAUCCAAGUACAUUAGAAUCAUUUCCUCAAGAAAUCAUUGAUGUACUGCAAACAUAUAAUACAGUACUUGAUAAUGAUAUGCGAUUAACAUUUUGUAAAGCUUUAAUUCAACUACGUAACAAAUCUCUUUUAGAAUCCACUAUACUUUUAAGUUUCUUUUUUAAACUUUUAAGAUGUCAAGAUAAAAAUUUAAGGCUGUUUUUGAAAACGCAUAUUAUUACUGAUAUUAAGAAUGUGAAUGCAAAGCAAAAGAAUGCAAAAAUUAAUAUGACUCUACAAAACUUUAUGUUUUCAAUGUUAAAAGAUUCUAAUGUCAGAACUGCAAGAAUGUCGGCAAAUAUAAUGAUAGAAUUGUAUAAUAAAGGUAUUUGGAAUGAUGCGAAAACUGUAAAUGUUUUGGCAACAGGAUGUUUCACUAAAUCAACCAAAGUUAUGGUUGCUUGCUUGAAAUUCUUUUUGGGUACAGACAUAAAGGAACAGGAAAAUGAAGAGAGUGAUAGCGAUAGUGAACCAAAUAUUAAGGAAAUCAUGAUGGCUAAUAAAGUGAAUAAGAAAACGAAAAAACGCGAGAAGCAAUUAGUGAAAGCAAAACAGUUGUUAGCGAAGUCUAAGAAGAAAAUGAUGAAAGCACCAAGUUUUAAUUUCUCAGCAUUACAUUUAAUUCAUGACCCACAGGGUUUUGCAGAAAAAUUAUUUAAACAGCUGGAAAAAAAUAAUGAUAGAUUUGAAAUUAAACUUAUAACAUUGGAUGUGAUUUCAAGACUUAUCGGUUUGCAUAAUUUAUUUCUAUUAAAUUUUUAUCCUUAUCUACAAAGAUUUUUACAACCACAUCAAAGAGAUGUAACAAAACUUCUACAAUUUAUUGCCCAAGCUUGUCAUGAACUUGUACCACCUGAUACAUUGGAACCAACUGUAAAGAUAUUAGCAAAUAAUUUUGUAACAGAACGAAAUUCUGCAGAUGUUAUGGCUAUUGGAUUGAAUGCUAUCAGAGAAAUAUGUACACGAUGUCCUUUAGUUAUGAAUGCAGAUUUACUGCAGGAUUUAGUACGCUAUAAGUAUUACAAAGAACGAAGUGUAAUGAUGGCUGCACGUUCUUUAAUUACGCUGUUCAGGAAUCUGAUACCUGAUUUGUUACAUAAAAAGGAUAGAGGACGUCCUACGGAAGUAAUCAUUAAUUCUAAAAUUCCAAAAUAUGGUCAAAUUUGCGCUAAUGAUUUUAUACCAGGAGCUGAAGUUUUGCUUGAUAAUAAAUUUGAUACUGUCCAAAAAAUUUCAAAUGUUAAUGUUAAAAAUGACGAUAGUGACAAUGAAUGGAUUGAUGUAAAUGUUUUAAAUGAUGGAAAUCGUGUUGACAACGACGACGAUGAUAAACAUGAUGAUGACAAUAACAAACAUGAUGGUGACGAUGAUAAUGUCGAUGAAAAAACAGAAAAGGAGAAAAUGGUGGAGAAGGAAGAAGAGAUGGAUAAUGAUAAUAAAAUUUUAGAGCUAUGUAGUAUUGAGUCUGUGCAGAAUAAAAGUAAUGAUGUUACUGAAAUGAAUAAAAGUGGAGAAAUAGACAUUAAAAUAUAUGAAAAUAGUGUUACAAAUGAAGAUGUUAAAUCUAAAAAAAAUAAUAUCAAUACAGAAAUUAAUAAUGUCAUAAAUCAAAAUCAAGGAAUGAUAUAUGGCCCAUUGUUAAGCCUUGAAAAAAAACGAUUAAAACUGAAAAAACAAGAAACUAUAAAAUUAAUAGAAAAGAAGAUAAUUACUGAAGAGAAAAAGAAAAAGGCAACUUUGGUAUCUAUUGGACGAUUAUUAAAUGACGAAGACUUCGUAAAAAUAAAUGCAGCAUUGGCAAAACAACAAAUAACAUAUGCUAAGACCGGCUUAAAAAGAUCUCACCCUAACGAUAAUGAACGUGAAGAUUUUGUCAAAUUGACAGAUAUUGAAAAUAUAUAUAAAAAACGAAAACAUGACAAGCAAACUCGCAUUGAAUCAGUAAAGAAAGGACAAAAGGAAAGGGAAAGAUUCGGUUACAAAGAUAGACGACAGAAUCCACUUUGUAGUAAAACAAAUCGUGAAAAAAAGAAAACUAAAACAUUCCAAAUGUUAAAACAUAAAGUAAAAGGAAAAGUAAAACGCUCCUUUAAGGAAAAACAAAUUGCUUUGAGAAAUCAUUUGCUAAAGCAAAAUAGAAUAAAAUAA